GAGACUUUGGAAUAUAUCAUCUAUUAAAUUGAGAUGAAUCAUUCAUCAGAGUUUAGAACGGGGCGGAAAGAUGGACCAAGAUGGACGCAAUUAGGUGAAGGAAAGCUCGCGGAGGCGGCGACGGUGAGUGAUGAUGGCGUAGAGCAGCAUCCCGAAUGCUCGGUCCCCGCCGUCGUCGUCGUCGUCGCGUACCUGUUGGUGAGAAUGUCGUGCCGCGAUCCCAACAAUUUGAUGGUGAGCGCGAACGACGAGAACUUCGAUUACCUGUUCAAGAUCGUGCUGAUCGGCGACUGCGGCACAGGCAAGACCUGCUUGGUGCAACGCUUCAAGUCGGGCUCGUUCGUCGAACGCCAUGGGAACACCAUCGGCGUCGACUUCUCCAUGAAGACUGUACUCAUAGACGGCAAGAGGGUCAAGUUACAAAUAUGGGAUACUGCAGGGCAGGAAAGGUUCCGUACAAUAACUCAGAGUUACUAUAGAUCUGCAAACGGAGUAAUUAUAGUUUACGAUAUUACGAAGCGAUCGACAUUUUUGAGCCUGCAACGUUGGGUGGAGGAAGUCCGGAGAUACACUUCAUCGCAUGUGUUAUUAAUCUUAGUUGGGAAUAAAUGCGACCUGGAAGAUCUGCGAGAAGUGAAAAGAGAAGAGGCUGAAGCCUUGUGCGAGUAUCUGCCCGAAGUUUUACACAUAGUGGAGACCUCAGCCAAAGAUAACACGAAUAUAGACACCAUCUUUUUUUAUCUGGCAUCUGAACUCAAGAGACGACACGAAAAUCGCCAAAUUAGCGCAAGCGAGAACGAUGUGGUGAAACUUGGCGUAGGACGAAAUUUAUCUUCUUGUUCAGGAUGUUAAUCUUCAGGAUGCUUCGAACCAUUAAAUAAUUUCCCCCAUCUCCCGCGAGUCUGUCUGAAUGA